AUGUCACAUCCUCAACUUAUAGAGAAAAACGGACUACGAAUCCUUUGUAUUGCUGAGAUUCGAGGAAAUUUAUCAUUAUUAAAUACAUUAGCUGAUGAAUAUAAUGCUUCAAUUAUUAUACAUACAGGAAGUUUUGGGUUUUUCGAUAAUGAUUCAAUCUCCAAGAUCCAUGAAAGUUAUCUUAGACAUAUCAUUGCAUUUUGUCCUUUAUUAGAUGAAGAAAUUGUUAAUAAAGUUUCUGAAUUAUCCAAAAUUGAUAUAAACAAUAACAACAAUAAUGAAGAUUAUCAAGACUAUGAUGAAUUAGAUUUAAAAAAAUUAUUACAAAAUGUAAAGAUUUCUGAAUUGAUGGAUUUUAUUAAUGGUGUUAAAAAAUUGAAAAUCCCAGUUUAUACAAUUUAUGGAAUGGUUGAAGACUCUACAGUUAUUGAUAAAUUUAAAAUGGGCAUCUAUUCAAUACCAAACUUGUUUAUAUUGGAUGAAAUUUCCACCUUCAGGAUCAAAUCUCCAAUAGAUGAUACAACUAUACAAUUAUGUGGUAUUGGUGGUUCAUUAUCUUAUCAGAAAUUAUUUCAUCAUGGUACUUUUGAUAAUGAAUUGAAUUAUAAUUAUCAACAAUUUAAAAACUCAAUAAGUGAGACUUUUUUACCCGUGGCAGGUGAUCCUGGUAAUAUAUGGAUAACAAUGGUUCAAAUUGGUCAAUUUAUCAAGACAAUGGAGGAGAAUUAUUCACCAAAAGAUGUUCGUAUUAUGAUUACACAUUCUUCACCAAGUCGUGAAGGUUUAUUAGGUCAUUUAGCUGUGAUUACCAAAAUGGAUUAUACCAUUUCCAACGGAUUACAUUUCCUGUAUCCUUCAAGUUUUAAUGAAUUGAGUAUAUGUCCAAAUUUUGAAUUUUAUAAAUCAAAAUUCAGUGAGGCAAGACAUCAAUUGAGUUCUAUAUGGAUUAAUGUUUCCAAAACUGUGGAACAAAUCAUUUCUACAAAUGAACAUUUAACUGAUUUAUUAAAUAUUGCAUUAUCAACAUUUGACAAAAUCCCUGUGAUUUCAACAUCAUCAGGGUCUAAUAAAAAUGAAGAAAUUAUCCCAAUUGCAUUAUCAAGUUUCAAAAGAGAUAUCAAUUCAAAUAUAAUACGUUCACAAAAUGAUGCAUAUUAUGUUGCUUUCCAGAAUAUUUGGCAUUUCAAUCUUUGUGAUGUCUCUAUUGGUUCUGUAUUACUAGAUGUUGUUGAUGGGAAUUUCCAAUUUCAAGCAAAUUCAAAAGGUUUUAAUUUUAAGUAUAGAGGUAAUAUGGAGAAGAAUGGUGGUGGUAGUGGUGUGGUAAGUAAUGGGAAACCUUCAAGAGGUGGUGGUAAUUCAAAUAAUAGAGGAGGUCGUGGUCGUGGGAGAGGUGGGUUUAAAAGAUUUUAA